GUGCUCCCAAGGAAAUACAAUCUGAAGAGGGGAUGAUACUUUACUAUCAGGAGAGAAAUCACCAUCUGAAACUUGCACAAUCCAAACAUUCACAGGUUCUUUCUUAACUGCUGCAUGCCACAGGUCAGGUGGCAAGACUGCACCAUCAGCAACCGAAACACAAAGGCUCAUUGUCACAGAAUUUUCCUUAGUACACAUAGAUUCAUCCAUCAUAUCAUGAUCUCCCUUUUCAACCUCACCACAUUCAUUUACGUCAAGAGUUUUUAAAUUACUGUUCUCUUCCUUAUUAGUGAGGUUUUCUAUGUGAGUACCAUAAUCUUCUUUUUCAUCCUUACUGGCAUCCAACUCAACAUCCUUAGAAACUUUCCUACAAACGGCAUGAUUCUCAACAGUACUUGUAACAUCAAGGUCUUCAUCAAAGACUUCUGUAACUGGCACUUCUGAAUGAUUAACAAUACUAUUACAAUGUUUUCCUGCACUAGAAAUAUCCUCUUGUAUUGUAGAAACAUCCACCAUUUUUUCUUCUGUUGUCAUACCAUCUGUUGCAUUCCCAUUCUCAUUAGUUUCCUCCUAAAAAAAUCAAUUUUAUGAGUACCCUUUCAACAAACACUCAUAAAAUAUAAUAGCUGCACAAGAGAAAGUACAUGACCAUGAGCGUCGCAAAACAUAAAAGAACAAGUUUUGUUUCCCACGGCUGGGAAAUCUUUGUGAGAUUAUCGCUUUACUUUACUAGAACUGUGCGCCACAAACGAACACAAUUCGAAAGAAAUACGCUGCCAGGAAGCAUUUGCAACCACACGACAGUUGCAAGAUUUAAAAAAAACGGAAACACCGCCGACGCUACUAGCUAAUCUUUUUUUUUUUUUUUCUUUUAUUACUUCAUCUCGGCUCUCGGAAACAUUGUCCGGUACCCAAGGUCGUUGAUGUUUCUAAUGUUCACAAUAUUUUAAGUUCAAUCGUAUACAAAUAAUGCACCACGACACACCUCGUUUCACUUCGAUUAUCAAGUUCGAGUACACAUUUUCUGUCAACACGUUAUUCCGAAGCAAUAUCAGCCUUUCCGUGGCUUGACAUAGAAGCUUACCUUCGGCGCCAUCUGCCAUGUUGACCAGACGUUGACAGGAGUUGACAGACUGUGAAGUCACAAGUUUUCCAGGAACUCUCACGCAUGCAUUUACUCCUAAAAAAGUUCACAUUUGCAUAUGUAGGUUCUUCUCAUUUCAAAUUAACAAGAAAUUAAAUUAUGAAUAUAGUAUUUACAAACCAGACGGUCAUACGUACAGUACUGUUUACUAUUGAUAAAAGCACAUUUUUUUGUUAAUCUCUAGUUUCGAUCGUAAAUAAGCAUCAAAUUCACAUGUAGGGUUUUUUAAUUGUUCUUCACGGAACGUCUCCGACUUUCAAGCACCGCGUGCAUUAUUUCACGAAGGUCGAAAUUCCAUGUACUACUAGAAAGCACCAGGGAUUGACCACAGUUAACCGAGCUCUACCAAGCAACAGUAGCAUGUGUUUAUAAACGCAGCCAAUGUCAUGACGUUAAUUUUCCCUCGCAGUGUGGACGAUAGGAAUUUUGGAUAUACUUGUCCCUCUGUCGUACACAAACAUAGUUUUGCAGGAUAAAUUGAGAUCAUAAAUAUGAAUGUUCAGGCUGGUGAAAAUGGAAUCAGAUACGUGUUUGCUGUGUCUUCGUCCAAUAAUAAAUCGAAAUCGAGUAAAGUGAGUGUGGAGGAUGUGCAUUCUGGUGCUGUGGGACAUAUUGUACAUUGCAAAAAGGUUGCAGGACUCCAGGAGGUAGCAGAAGACAUGAGAGAAGAAACUAGUAGUGAAGACGUAGAAUUAACUAUCAUUUCUGCUAGUGAAAAUGGUUUGGUUGUUGGAAAUCCCUUGGACAAUGAAAACAUUUCAGAUGGAGAGCCUAUUCUUAAAAAGCACAGGUCUGAACUUUCCAAUGAACGAAGUGCUACAAAACCAAAAUUAAUUUUAUCAAAUGAUAAUCUCUUAGUUCGAUCAAGUGGUGUGGAUAGUUAUAAUCCUUCAUCUUCAGAUUGUGACUCUGUACUCUGUGACUCUGUACAUGUGAAUGUUCCUCUAAAUAAUUAUCGAACAAAAUGUUUAUCAGAGGAAACAACAGAACGGCGUUCUGGAAAAUACAAAAUAUUUCGUGAUGAGUGGUUAGAUAUUGAUAUUUUUCGAGAUUGGUUGGAUCGAGAUCCUACAAAUCCACGUAAAGCUCGUUGUGUAGCUUGCAAUACUACAAUGAAUGCGGGUAAGAGUGAAUUAGAGAAGCAUGCCGCAGGGGCACGACAUGAACGUGCUGUCGAAGCUAUGCACCAAACAAUGCUUCAGCAGCUUGCUGUUGCUGAGGCUGAAGUUGAGAUAGACCACGAUGGUGAAGUUGAGGAAGAAGAGUCAUCAAACGAGGCAAAACCAAUACAUGAAGUUUCCCUUGAUAACGAGCCUGAAGUAAUGGAACAAGUUAUAAACCCAGAAGAUAACAUUACCAGGCAAGAACAGCAACUUGACGCAAUGAAUAGAGUAGCUACAGCUAUUGAAUCAUUAUCUGGUAAUGUAUCUGUGCUGGUUGAACGUUUAUCAAGUCAGCAAGAAGAAUUAAUAGCUAUAUUACGUGCACUACAGAGAAAAGUAUGUUCAGAAGAAAAUACCAAUUAGUUUGCAUUUCAAAAUUGCUCUCAUAAACCGUGCGUCUUAUGAUGACUUUGUGUUAAAACACUUGAACUGAUGUCAUCUUUUAUAUAGUAGACAUGUACCUUUUGUAUAACUAGUAUUUCAAACCUUUUUUUUUUUUUUUUAAGUUGUUGUUGUGUAUCACACAUAAUUUUCUGCUGUACAUAGUUUUGUAUUUGUAUUCAUUUAAUACAAGAAUUAAUGUUGAUAUUUUCUUCUUUAUGCACUGCUUAAAUUUAUGAUCUCCAUUGUAUACUGUAUAUUGUGUAUUAAUCUCGGUAUGAUUAAUGAUUAAAGCAUCUUUUAGAUUGUAUUAUACAAUACAGUGAACAUUGCAGAAAUUUGAGAUUAAAUUUACUUUUUGCUUUUAGACAAUAAAACUUGUAUGUAAUCAGUGAUGAUAUUGUUGAAAAGUUAUAAAGAAGUAAGAUGAAACCAGUAAAAGUAUUAUUUUCAUUUGGUCGAUUUGGGCCUUGCAACAUAACAUCAUGGUAUCUCCAAAGUAGUGG